ACCGCGUUACCGGUUGAAAUCGAGGCUAGCGCAUAGCGAAAUCGUCGCCGUAAAUCAAUCUAACACGUCGACGCGGAGCUGAAUUCAUCUAUUCGAGCUGAUGAGUGUGAUCUUGGUGAUGCCAUCCGUCACUUCACAGCUUUUGCAAUAAUUGUAGGGUCACGCAGGCGAGCGGCUGCCAGCUAAAUCUGUUCUUUCUCCUUGUGCGUGUCCAUGGCGAGUUGCGUGAGCUUGUAUUUCCUCCGCUAGAGUCGCACGCCAUCAGAUUUGUUUUGUCUCAGCAAUACCUGUUCUCCGCCGUGGGCCUUUUUCUCGAAGUGAUUUGACCCGCUUGGAUUCCUCUCCGAAGGUUACGGGUAUUCCGUGCGCUCCUGCAUAACAACUACUUUCUGUGAAUUAUUUGACUGUGGGCAAGAAGAAUUAUUUUUUCUUUCAACUGGCAAAGUAAACACGCUUAGCUUUGAUCAUGGUGCGAGUACUCCGGGUGAUAUUAGAUGCUGCUAUCAGUUUUUUCAGCUUCUUCCGAGUUUGUCGACGUCCUCAGCCUGAGCCUGUUGCAGUGGAAGUGAACCAAGAGCAGGACAGGCGACAGCAUGAACAGUCACAGGAUGACCGAUCUGCACAUGCAGCAGCGGCAGCGGAAGACAGCGAUCCAUCGCUCAUCCCAGUAGCCACCACCAGCAGCCCCUGGCAGCACGAGGACUUCUUGCGCGAUCCCUACCUGCCAUGGCUGCACACUCUACCGGACGAGGAGCUGAUCAAGGCCACGUACAACAAGGGCCUCAUCCACGGCGUCGACGUCAAGCGGCUGAGAGAGCUGAGAGGCUCCACGUCGUGCACCCAUGAUCUGCUGGAGCUGCUGAUGACGUCGCCGGAAGACACAUUCACACCGUUUUUGGACGUCGUCGAGGAGCUGGGCGGACGCGCCAAGCGGGAGCAGUUCCGCUUGCUGAUGCCGUCGUCUCCAGUUCAGCAAGGCGAACAAGCAGCGCCCGCUUGCCCGUGGCAGAACCCGCGGUUCGUCACGGACACGUACAAGCACUGGAUUUUGAACAUGGACCCAAUCAAGCUGCGCGAGAUGGCCAUACGACAGGACAUGAUCACCACGGCGCAGAUCUUCGAGCUGCAGCGGCUGGUCGCCUGCGAGUGUCAUCCGGAGUUAACCGACUUUCCCAUGUACCUGGAGGAGCCGAUGACGGGACCGGAGCACCGCACCCACAACCGGCGGCUCCUCCAGAUGAUGGCCGACGGUGGACUGGUGUCAUUCUGGAAGUUCAUGAACGGACUGUCCUCCAUCACCUGCUUCUACGGCAUCAGGCACUCAUUUAGUCGACUUCUGCCGCCCGGAGUGGCCUGCCCUCUGCCGUCCGGCGCUGAGCUGGCCGCCGAGCCACGUUGUGAGAACCCGUGGACGAGCCUGAACAUCCGAGCCAAGCCGUUCCGCGGCUACUUUCUGGAGAGCGUCAACCGCGGCCGGCUUCGCAGGAAGGCGCUGCAGAUGAACCUGAUCGACGAACGCGAGGAGAAGGUGCUGGCCGAGUGUCAGGGCCGCAUUGCGCAGAACGCAGUACUGCUGGACAUGAUACGGCAUCGCGGCAUCGAGUCCUACGUCUGCUUCAUGAACGUCAUUGCCGAGCUGGACAGGCAGCGGCUGUGGUUCCUGCUCGCCUCGCUGCUGCCCAGCGGGUUUGAUUUGUCGCGCUGCGUUCCGGUCUACCUGGCCGACGCCUACACGUCCGAGCCGAUCGCGCCAGGAAUGUACAAGCCUAAGUAUGAGGACUGUCCUAGAGUUACGAAUCCUAUCGAGGUUGCUGCUGAUGCAUUGAAACCUGACGACGAAACUCGCCGACUAACAUCCACGAUCACACCGCCUGGAUAUGGAACCAUGCGUAAAAACUGAUCUUUCCCAAUGCAUUCCGUGACCGAACCCGCUGUCCAACUUGGAGCACAUCGCCCCCAACUCACCAGAUUCGACAACAGGAAUGAUUAAAAGCUAACUAACUGUGGAUAUGAACCAAACCUGUACUGCAAUGGAAUGGGAUAUUGAAUAUGAACCAGCGGAGACCUGCACUGCAAUGGAAAAGGGGUAUGGACUCCAACGACUGAACACGCCAACGAUACAUACAUGUACUAUAAUUGUCGAGAUAGACCAUGCACUGCCUUCAGCUCUGCAGACGUAAUGUAGUCGAACCGACUUUGCAUUGUAACAUAAUUGUUGUGCCCGCAUUGAAAUGUAGUAGUUGUGCCCCCCGGCUGCCUCUGGAUCCCAUGGAUCUUAGAUUGUGCAGCUGUGCUGCGUCGUAAAACCGGUUGUGUACAACUUCACGUACAUGUGGUGCUGUAGAAAAGCUGGCCCGAGGCGCAGACACACCGCGGCGCAUCCGAGCGUAGCGUCCAGGCUUUCCGAACCAGUUUCCGAGUCAAGGUCAACUGCGCCCAAUUCAGCAUCUCAUCACGCUGUCAGUUACUGGAAACUGAUACGCGUAGCUGCGUGUGGUGCCCGAGUGGAUCCACAGCCGCCCAACACAAACCUACCCUGGAGAAUUGUAAUGUUACUUUCUGUGCCCGUGUCCCUGUAACGUGAUAGCAAGAGGAGCUUGUUCUCAAGUAGCGCUAAGACAUCGUGUGUGUGUGUGUGUGCUGCUCCAAACAACACGGAGCAUAAAUGAGUUCGUCACCAUGGUAAUGUGUUCAUCAUCACGGUAAAGUGUUCAUCAUCACGGUGAAGUGUUCAUCGUCACGGUAACUUGCACGCUAGUGCAAUCGUCGCGCCGUGUUCUUGCAUGUGUUUGUACCCACUUUACAUGUUUGUUUGUGGGCCAUAUAUUAUAUAAAACUAAUCGAGGACUCCUAAGACGUUGUGCAUAUCUCAUCGCUAGUGCUGGCUACACCUGCGACGCAAUAUAAGUAGGCGCUAUGCAGGUAACAUCCAAUGCAGCGUAACUGAUUACAUAAUGUAACCUCAUGGCGUGCAGCCGGGGCUGAGCAACACCUCCAACCCGGACGUACGCAGUUGUCAUAGCUACACAGCGUCAGGGUGCUAUGCGUGCGUGUGCGAAGGCGAACAGCAGCAACGCCAAUGCCUGAAUCGGGGCGUCGGGUGUCUCUCACGGCAACACGCUCCACCCAGCAUUUCUCAAGCGCUAAAGCUAUUAUCGGUGUGGCAGUGACCUACUUUCGUUGUAUUUCUAUUAUUAUCUUUUCAUGCUGUUGCAUUCUGGCAUUAUCCAAUGUUGUGGGUAAUGAACUCAGACCUCGUGCGCGCGUGCGUGCGCUCGCACACACACACACACACCACACACACAGAAACCAACGCUAUCUUUCACGCUGUUCGCAUCUCGACUUCUGCUAGUUUUUGUACUUUCCCCUGGCUAUCUGUCGUUCUCUGCUUCUACACCACACACUUGGUCAUAUAGGUAUAUCUCUAGCCUGAUGUCAUUGCUGGCUGCCUGUCAUUCCGCGAAUCCGUGCUUCUACACUGCUGCUCAAUGAAAUCCAGUCGCGUCACUCAAGUUUGCGCCUUGCAUCACUCCGUAGCUCGGUGUUCGCAGGUCCAUGGCCGCACAACGCCCGGCGCGUACUUGAGUGAUGCGACAGGAUUUGCGUGAGCAGCACUGCACAUCACCCCCUUAGUCAUAGAGCUGCUGCACGAGUCCAAUAUGAUUGCAGGGUACGUGCCCUGCAUCAUCAUCAUCAUUCAGUCUGGAUUUUAUGUUGGACGAGUACCUACCUGUGC